AUGGCCCCCGUCCCCCGCGUUUACUCCAAGACCUACAAGGUCCCCCGUCGUCCUUUCGAGUCGGCCCGUCUUGACUCGGAACUGAAGAUUGUCGGCGAGUACGGCCUGCGCAACAAGCGUGAGGUGUGGCGUGUCCAGCUCACCCUGUCCAAGAUUCGUCGUGCUGCUCGUGAGCUUCUCACCCUCGACGAGAAGGACCCCAAGCGUCUUUUCGAAGGUAACGCUUUGAUUCGCCGUCUGGUCCGCAUCGGUGUCCUCGAUGAGUCCCGCAUGAAGCUCGAUUACGUCCUGGCCCUCCGCGUUGAGGACUUCUUGGAGCGUCGUCUUCAGACUUGCGUCUACAAGCUCGGCCUUGCCAAGUCCAUCCACCACGCCCGUGUCCUGAUCAAGCAGCGUCACAUCCGUGUCGGCAAGCAGAUCGUCAACGUCCCCUCCUACAUGGUCCGCCUGGACUCCCAGAAGCACAUCGACUUCGCCCUCACCUCCCCCUACGGUGGUGGCCGCCCUGGCCGUGUCCAGCGCAAGAAGGCUGCCGCUGCUGCCGGUGGUGGUGACGACGAGGCUGAGGAGGAUGAGGAGUAA